GCUCCUAUUGGCUGUUGAUGAGCUUAUAUCAGUAACUGCCGUAGCAUACCAUUCACAACGACAGGCGAUUCAACAGUCGGACGGGACGAUUAGUGGCAACAUGGCACGCGCGAUCGUUGGAAUUGUUGUUCUCUUCUGCGUUUGGGGCCGUCACCCUGCCGAAGCAGCAUGGUCCGAGUGGAAACCUGCAGGUAACGACUACUACAACGACCAUGACGAUAGCCACCUGACGUGUAAAGCUCAAGUCCAGGCUCUGAAAGCGCAAGUGGCCAGUCUUCAGUACCAGUUGAGCCUCGCGGGGGGCCUACCCGGGCCCGGACCAUACCCAGGGGGCUGUACCUGGAAAAUGGUCUUCAAGAUCGUUGCCGGCGUGCCAGGGAGCAGCUACGCCCUCUGGCGGUCCCGGGGUGGUUACAAUGACCAGGUACACCCGAGCCUGACCGGACACAGCCACUACCGCAGCCCAGACCUCGACAGGUGGUCGUCACUCCACGUCACCAAGGUAAAGGUGAGCCUGGUAACGCAGCACCAGCAUACCCGUGACAUCAUCUUUAACGCCCACGGCAGUAACAGGGACAACUGGUUCUCCAAGGACCGUCUCAUCUCUUCGCCCUGGACUGAUCUCAAGACCGCACCCGCCAACUUCUUCUCGAUUCAGGGCGACGAUCGGCAUGGGAGGCGGUUCUUCAUCAACCGUAGCUACGGAGGCUGUGCACACGACUGGGGAUGGCUGAUCGUCCUGGAUCCUGGAGCUGAGUGUCCUUGGGAGAAAAGGGUGAAGAGCAGGGGAAACAACCAAAUCCUGUUCUCCAGGAAGGCCAACAGCGUUCAGUUCGAGCAAGACUGGCCAAAUGUUGGACAGGCGGACGCCCUUGCGAUCUACACUCAGUCCUGUUGAAAGCCCCGUAUGCAAAGCCAACAACAUGCAUAAGGUGGGUUCACACGUGCGUAUAUAUUCAAGUCCGUAUGGAGUUCUCUACAAGGCUCCACAGUCAGGUGACGGUAAAAAUGGUAGAAAUUGCACAAAUAUAGAUGCAUAACAUGCCAAAGGUCUUAGCUGACCGAGGAGUUUGGUUUGCGACCCUGCUAACGCGUUUGGCUUAUUAUCUGUCUAUAUGUGUCCAAUUUCUGUUAUUUUUCCAGCAACCUGUGGGGCUUGGUAGGGGUUAAGACUUCCAUGCGGACCUCAUACGGACUUGAAUAUAUACAUUACAUGUACGCACGUGUGAACCUACCUAGAGCUGUAGCAGUGCUUACCGGUGAACUCCAAGCGUUUUUUGUUAAUUGACAUUGAAAGAAGACAACCUUUUGAAAAAAAGUACUGUAAUGCUGUUCUAAAUUCUUUCUGUGUUUUGGUUAAAAAAACAGUGAUAACGUUACAACCCUUAUAGGGUUGCUCAACUUUUGGGAUUUUUUCGAUGAUUAAAUUCUUUCUUUCAGUGUCUUUAUUUUUUUAACGUUAGAAAUGGGGCCAUGUAGUGAAUAAUUACAUAGCAUAUAUUAUAUAAGCUGCUACAGUUGACAAUUGUGAUAUAUACUCUAUUACUAGACCUGGAACUUAAAAUAAAACAAUAGAACCGAACAACGGAGAACACUUGUAUGCCACAAGACAACAAUGUUUGCAUUUGCUACUAGGAAAGAUGACCCGUGAUGACUUAUAAUUUCAAGAUUUCUACAAAAUGGGCACAAGUUGUAUAGGGCUGCAAUAAAAAGGAUAUUGUUUUCAAGCAG